AUGAGUGGUCAAAGAAAAAAAUUUUUUCCCUCAAACUAUCCACAAACAAAUUCUCCAUUUUCUUCUAAUAAUAAUAUUAUUGGUAGUAACGUUAAUAGUUAUAAUAUUAUUAGUAGUAAUGACAAUGGAAACAAUAUCAUUAGUAGUGAUAGCAAUAGUAACAUUUAUGACACACAUGGCACUUUUGAUGUAAAUUCUCAAAUUGGCAAUUUAAAUGUUAUUAAUAAUCCUCAUGAAUCGCUUUUACUUCAAGCACAAUCUCAAAUUUCACACGGAACACAAUUGCAACCUUUAUUUAGAGAACCUUUAAUUUUUGGACCAUUUCCUCAGAAUCACGAGAUUAAUUAA